AAGGCAUCUAUUACUGUUGAUGGCCACAGAGUAAUGCCAAAACACAGGCGUGUUUACCUGAUGCAAUGAAGGCGAACCUGAAGCUUACAGCGAUACAUGGACACGGACGUUCGUGUAUCUGGCUGUCGGUGUUAGUUUUCCAGUACUGCUUCCAACUAAGCGCUUCCUUAGUUUUCUGGACUGCCUAUGUGGAUGUCGAAUACUUUGACAGAGUAUCUAAUGAAACGGUGAACAGCAAAUGUGAGUGUGGCAUAUUUGGAGUGGACUCACCCUUGCAGCUUGUUUCCGGCCAAGUAGUGCUUCCAAACCGGGAUCCUCUGGCGUGCUCGACGGACACUACUUUCACCGCCGAAGACCAGCCAUGGAUCGCCCUGAUCAAAAAAGGAAACUGCAGCUAUUCACAGAAGAUACAAGCUGCCCAACGAGAAGGAGCCUCGGCUGUGGUCAUUUACAACAUAGAUGGGACAGGCAAUGAAACUCUCCUGAUGCCCCAUCCAGAGGCUGAUGACAUAGUUGCCCUCAUGGUUGGCAAUAUUUUAGGCACAGAAAUGGCUAACCGGAUUAAGAAUGGGUCAGAUGUGUCCAUGAUGAUCGUGGUGGCCAAUGCUCACGUCCUGUGGUACAGCACUACAUGGGCGUUCGCGCUGUCCUUCACCUUCAUUGGCAUAACGGCCAUCACAAUGCUCUACUUAGCUUUCCUGUUCAUCAGACGAAUACACAGAAUCCGACAACUCCGUGCACUAGAGAUGGAGAUAAAGAGAGAGAAUGAAAAGGCAAUAGCAAAGUUAGCAGUGCGGACUCUGCGGACGGGCGACCCGGAGGUUGAAUCGGAGGACGUGAGCUGUGCCGUGUGCACCGACUCAUUCAAAGCCAAUGAACAGGUCACCGUUUUGCCCUGCAGACAUUUGUAUCAUAAGAAGUGCAUCGAGCCGUGGCUCCUGGAGCACCCCACCUGCCCCAUGUGUAAAUUUCACAUCAUCAAAUACAAGAUUGAUGAGGAGAGCGAUGAGCCACCUUCAUCAUCAUCAUCAUCAUCAUCAUCACCACCAUCAGGUGAGACGUUCUGUCUAGCUGUGAUCAGGACAGAGCAGCUCAACACAUCUAACAGUCAAAGCACAGACACAGCCCUUGGACAUCAAUCAGACUGUUAUUACAGUGGGUCGGAGAUCCAGACAGCACACAUUUAUGAGAACCUUGCGUUUGAAGAACCAGAGAAGAUGGAGCAUCACAACAUCAGCAGCCGAGAUUAACACUGCUGCAAUACUCAAUACUGUAAUAUAUUAUCUACUAGACAAACAUGUGUGCAAUGUGUCAAAAGAAUAUAUAUAUAUAUAUAUAUAUAUAUAAAGUGAUAAAAUAAUAAGAAACCUAAACUGGGAUGUUCAAAGUGUGACAGACUAUUUAUUAAUAAUUGUUUAAUUAAUGAAGAUUUCACAGCUUUCUCUUUUUUUUUUUUUUUUAGAAAAAUGUUUAACAUGAUUUACUAAUGUGACAGCUUGCUAACCUGUCAUGAACUCAGUAAAAUUUGUACUGCAAGCUAAACAAGGAUUUGAAUCUCUUUUAAUGCCAUAACAAGAGCUGUCAGGUUGUACACUAAUAUAGGUUAAAUUACCUGAUGUUCAUCAACUAGUUACUGCAAGGCUUAAAGGACUGCAUUACACUUUCACAGUACUUCAUAUUACUUAUCUGAGACAUCUGCAGCCUUCCAUGAAAAUAAAAAAAAAGAAGCUGGGGUACAGCACCUUCCACACUUACCUUUUAAUAUAGAACUUGUUACUGAUUACUUGUGAUCUAUUUAGCAGACAGCUCAGAAUCCAAAGAACAAAGAACUGUUGAAUACUUAAAUCGCUCAAUUUAUCAAAACGUAUAGUUGUAUAGAAAUUAGGUGCCUGAGUACCAAUCGUUCAGCAGUUUUCCACUGGCCUGUAUUCGUCUAAGCAGCUAACUUCCUCCUUUUUUGGCACUGGAAUAUUAUCAGAUGCUUUGUAACACGCUGGAACUCUGCAUACCUUUAACAGCCAGCAGACAAUAUCAAUAUCAUUGGUACAAUAGUGUAAAUUUCUCACUGGCAGCUGAUUUGAAGUCUGGGUCUCCUUUUUUCUGCUGUUCUGUGUAUGCAGUGGAUUUCUAACUUGAUAUUCUUCAUUCACAAAGAGGUGAGUCAUGGGACUAGCAGUGCUAACAGACCUGCCUGUCUCUCAGUUGAAUUGUUAAAUUGCAGU